UGAAAGCAUCAUUAUUUUUCCUAGGAUUGAAUCUUCCAGUGUGUGCACAUCACCGAUAAUUCAGUAGAUGUCAUUUAACUCACUGAUAUCGUCAUUUGAGCAAAUUACCGUGUUUCUCUCAAGUUUCCAAUAUAACAAGAAUGAUCUGGAGGACACCGCUGCGUAUGCUUAAAUCAUAUUGGGUGUGGAUGAUACAUAAAUGUGAAUUUAGUUUUUCAUGGAAUUAAUGGUAUUUUAUUUUUUUGUGCGAUGAAUAAACACGUAUUCUUAUUCUAGGAAUACACAACGAUUCCAACAAAAUAUGAUAUCGUAAACCUAAAACACAUUGAGCAAAAUCAGAUAGACGCGUGACCAAAUAUAUUGUAUAAAUGAAACCCUAUAAUCCGCAAGAAGAAAGUUUCUUAGAAAAAGAGACAAUGACGAUUAAAUCAAAGCUCAAGUCUUUGAAGGAAGAAGUACAGACGUUUUCAUUUUGGAAAGCAGUGAGGUGUGAGUUUCUUAUUUCUUUAAUUUAUGUUUUCAUCGGCUGUGGUUCAUGGACAGACUUGCAACGAAUACAAGACUCCUAUUUCAGAGUGGCAGUGACAUUUGGCCUCGCACAGGCGACGCUUAUGCAGUGUGUAGGACACAUAAGUGGUGCUCAAAUGAACCCUGCAAUUACGCUGUCUAUGUUAGCGACUGGUAAAAUGGGCAUUGCAAGAUCAAUAUGUUACAUACUUGCACAAGGUCUAGGGGCUAUAGCGGGAGCAGGAAUUCUGUACGGUUCAACACCCGGUAAAUAUCACGGUACCCUCGGGGUAAUAUCAAUUCAACCGGACGUUCUACCCGGUCAGGCGUUUGCAGUGGAAUUCAUGGUGACAUUUGUGCUAGUGUUCACGUACUUUGCUAAUCUAGAACCAAAACGAGUUGAUAUGGGGUCAAGGUCUUUAUCAGUCGGACUAUCGGUGGUUCUUGGACAUCUUUUUGCGCUUGACUACACUGGGUGUGGAAUGAAUCCAGCACGAUUAUUUGGCCCAGCAGUUGUUACUAACCAAUGGAAAGAUCAUUGGGUGUAUUGGGUUGGGCCUAUAAUCGGGGGAAUAUUUGGUGGUUUCACCUACGAAUAUACACAAUGCUCCUCGGAGGACAUACAACGCUUUAGAGGUUCUUUCCGACGGAAAAAGAUACAGUUCGUCGUAGAGACAGAUCAACGAUGCGACAGCCCGGUUACGACGGAGUUUUCAUUUACCCCAAGAACUUCGUCGAACGAAGAUCUCAAAUUAUAAACUUCUUUUUUAUCGUUGUUGACACUUUGAACUAAUCAUUUGUGAUAAAGCUUUUCUGUUAAUCAUCUAU